GCCUCUGGAGAUACGCGUGGAGGUUGUGGCCUAGUGGAGUGUGGAUGAGGUACAGUGAUGAAGGCCCUCAGCAGGAGAAGCAGAAGUCUCAACAGGCCUUAGAGGAGUUGAAGGAGAACUUUCACCCCAUGAAGAUGGCAGCGCAGUCCCACACUGUACGGGCCAGUGAGCUUCCUUUGGAGGAGCUGCUGGCUCUGUACGGCUAUACAGUGUCAGAUUCCGAGAAGGAGACCUGUCACAUGUCUGCCAGCCUGCCAGACAUGACACUGGACAAGGAUCAGAUAACUGAGGAUCUCUUUCCUGGGGAGGAGGAAGAAGAGUCAUCAGCUGAUGAUCUCACCCCCUCAGUCACCUCAAACACCUCAGAACUGCUCCGCCGCCUCCAAGGUGGAGACAAAGACACAUUAGUCAGCUCAUCAGAUGAAGAUUCCGACGAUGUCUCUAUUCCCUCCAAUGAAGAGCACAAGGAGAUCAUGGUGGGCUCUAUGUACCAGGCAAAAAUCCCUCCACUCUGUUCAUAUACCUACCAGGAGAGAGCCUGCAGCAGUGAGGACCAGUUGCUGUGGAGGCCAGAUGUUCUGCCGGUGCAGGAAGUGGAAGAGUUUUUGCUGAAAGCACAGAGACCGUAUGGCCAGGAGGUGGCAGCAUAUUCUAGGACAAACGGAGACACUGUCCGGGACAACCAACAGGCACUGUAUGAACUAGUCAAAUGCAACUUCAAUGCAGAAGAGGCACUGAGGCGAUUACGCUUCAAUGUCAAAGUGUAUAGUGAAGAGCUUUGUGCCUGGAGUGAGGAGGAGUGUAGGAGCUUUGAACACGGCUAUCGGGUUUACGGGAAAAACUUCCACCUCAUUCAGGCUAAUAAGGUACGAACGCGCUCCGUUGGGGAGUGUGUGGAGUAUUACUACAUGUGGAAAAAGUCUGACCGUCACGAGUACUUUACCCAGCAGACCACCAGGCUCACCCGCAAGAAGUUCAGCCUCCAAACAGGGGAGGACGGAGACCAGGACGGGGAGGUUGGGGACAUGGAGGGAAGCAACAAUUCCUCAGGUUUGUUGUCUAACAACUCCAUGAGCACUGGACAGCUGGAAUCCCCUUUACCUCCCCAGUCGAGCCUGGACCUGGACAAACAAGAUGGUGAGCUGGUGAUGGGGCUGUCGGACUUGUGUGCUGACGGAUGUCCUCAGCAGCUGUUCGGCUGUCCCUUCUCCCUCCCGCCCAUGGACGGCCUGCGGGAUCACGGAUCAGGCAGUUGCUGUCCCUCGGCUCUAGUUCAGCUCCAGUCCCAGCCCUCCCCCCAGAGCUCCCAGUGGGCCGGCGGGAGCCCUCCGUCCUGCCACGACGACCAUCACCUCCCGGGCUCCUGUUUCUACCAGCUACACAUGUGCAGUGGACCUUUUGUUUCUGAGGGCCCUGAAUGUGACACAGCAGAUGGCGGGGCCGGUUCCCCUCACGGGCUGCAGGUGGAAUUCAGCCUACCGUCUGCCUCGCCUCCCUCGUCUUCUGUCCUCCCAUCACACUUUCAAGCGUUUGGCAGCCUGCUGCACCCCUCUCCCGUCCAGCAUCCCCGCUCUCUCACACAGUGAGGGGACACGGGGGAAUCAAAACUGAGUGGUACUCUUCACAGUUUGCCCCGUGCUGAGAUCUUUUGAUUGGUGAUAUUUACACCAGGCUUGAACAAACCAGGACAAAAAGUGCAUUUAUCUAACUUUGUGAAAAAGGAUGGACCUACUACCUGUGUUGGGGUUUCUCAUCUGUCUGGACCCUAUUUUUAAACGGAGACACUUGAACUCUCUGUCCAUUGUGGAAUGACAAGUGUUAAUCACUACUUUCAGGUGUUGCUUAUGUGUUUAUUAACAGUUUAUGACCACAACCUGCACCGGGGCAGAGCCUUUGAUUGGCUAUGAUUCAUACGUACUUGUUAAAGCACAGUGCAGGUGAAGAGAGCUGCAAUCCAUGCAAACAAACCAGAAUCUGGUGACUAGCAGUCCAUUUUUCAGAUCAAUUAUUGACGAUGUUAACCACUGUUUCUUUGUUGUUUUAUUUAUCAGGAUGCAGCUCAGAUUUCAUCCAAACUUCUUCCGGCAAGAGCCAAUCAAUUUUUUUUUCUUCUGUAUAUUGUUCUGCACUUUGCUGCUGCAGCCAUUUGUGAUCUGUCUCUGGAGAGAGCCACGGUGACCUGAUUGCUGGAAGCCUCACCCCAGAGUAAAAUCUGUCCCUUCAAACGAUAUAGAACACUUAAUUUAAACAUUAACUUAAAACGACCUCAAUUAAUUGUGUGAGUGGCUCUCUCUCUUUUCAGUUCCUCGUGUCUGUUUUGUUUGCACUCCUUCUCUCAAUCUGCCUGAAAACGUUUGGCAGAAGAGUCAUCUUUCUCAUGAAUUUUGUUUCCAUAUGAAAGAUCUGAAACUUAAUAAGAUUUUCUGAGGGUGAGAUGUGAACAUGAUCAGAGAUAAAAGAGCUCAAUAUCUUUGCAGGAUUUUUUAAAAUUUUUAAUUAGUUUUGCUGUUGUGGAACUUUUCAUUCUUUUUCCUUCAUUUGAGUUCAUAAAGGUGCAGUUCUUUAUCAUCAUUUCUGACCACCGUUUCUAUCCUGUUUAAUAUUUAAUACCAUUAAAAGCCUGUUUGACACACAGAAUAGGCCUAAAAUAAAGUAAUUGUAAAAAAUGUACGUGCAAACAUAAAAGUAAGUCACUGAAUGCAAUCACACUUUCUCAGGUUCUGCAACUUUUAUGAUCCCCAAGACCGUUAAUCUCUCUCUACAGGUGUCAUACAAACACAGCAGAUAGAAACGAGAUGGUGUUGUUAGACGUUUAUUGGACUAAAGGCAGUGUAUAUGAUUAAGGGGGAUCUAUAGGCAGAAAUGUAAUAUAAUUUAUAAUUUUGUGUAUUGUCAACUAAAAACAGAAUCCUAGGGAAGGGGCACCCUCCAUGUUGCACUGCCUUGUUUCUACAGAAGCCCAGAAUGGACACACCACAGGUUAUUUUCAUGCCUGGAAGGUGUGGGAAGGGCUAUUCAUUUGGAUGCAAUCUGAAACAAUAUUUUUAGAUGCCACUGAAUCCUGCACACUUCAACUUUAAGAUGCGUCUUGCUGAAAUAGUAUGUAUUAACAUGUUGGGGUCCAAAGAUCAUCCCAAUAUGGAAUUAAACAAUUCUGGCAUCUUCGACGUGAGAACGAAGGUUCAUUAAUGAUGCAUUUAGUGUCACAGCCGAUUUAACAAACGCAGAAAAAAACAAUCUAUUUUUCCUCUGAAAUGUUCCUUUACUGUCCUCUGCCAGAUUGAAUGAAAGAAAUCUGAAAAUGUCAUGUAUCUGAGUGCAUAAACAUUUCUUAUGAUACAUUUACAGUGCAAAUCUCCUAUUAGGUUAAAUUCUCACAGCCCUGUCAAUUAAACUGAUGAUGACAAACUUA